AUGUUGAAGCUUUUGGUUAAUAGAACGGCUAAUGUUUCAACUUCUCGCAAUCACAAUGGCUUUGCCGCAUUCAGUUUGUCUAGCGAUGUGUACGAGGUUACCGUUGGAAAGCAGCUUAGCUCUAAGCUGAGUACUGGUCAGAGCUCCAAGCUGAGUACUGCUCAGAAAUUGAGUACUGUCCAGAAAUUUAGUCAAGAGCAGCUGGAGCAUUGCAUUACUUUAUAUUAUUUGGUCAUAUUUUGUUGUGCACUAACGUGUGUUCAUUCACUACAAUUUGCGACUGUAGAUGCAGAAGAGGUAUCAGGUUCUAGGCCUGCUGAAGUUUUGAACCUGGUGCAAAGUAAAUGGGUAGGAUCUUCAAAUUUGAAUACAGUUGUGGAUCCGUUAAAUGGUGACUCAUUUAUUAAAGUUGCUGAAGUUGACGAAACAGGCAUUCAGCCCUUUGUGGAAAGCUUGUCCAGCUGUCCCAAACAUGGUGUACACAAUCCUUUUAAGGCACCAGAGAGGACUGUUGCCCUAAUGGGAUUUUGCUGCGGAGUUAUGCAUAGGUGGAUUAUCUUGAUUAAUCCCAGAGGUUUCAACCUUUUUGCGCUCAGGUAUUCUAAAGCUGCCUAUGAUAAAUAUCUUAUGUAUGGAGACAUAUCUACUAAGGCAGCUCACAUGCUAUCACUUCCUAAGGUUUCAGAUUUCUUUACAAGGUUAAUACAAAGAGUUUCUCCAAAGAGUUACCAGCAGGCUUUUGGAGAAGUCUAUGUGACACAAAAGUUUCUAGAGAAUUUUUGCGGGGAUCAGGUUCGUUUCUUAGCAAGAUCAUUUGCAGUACCCGGAAAUCAUCUUGGACAACAAAGUCAUGGUUUUCGUUGGCCCUAUGGUCCUGUGGCAAUUAUUACUCCUUUUAAUUUUCCCUUAGAGAUUCCUGUUCUUCAAUUGAUGGGUGCACUCUAUAUGGGCAACAAACCAGUCCUUAAAGUUGAUAGCAAGGUGAGCAUUGUCAUGGAACAAAUGUUACGUCUGCUUCACACCUGUGGCUUACCUGUUGAAGAUGUAGACUUCAUAAAUUCUGACGGGAAGACAAUGAACAAACUGUUACUGGAGGCAAAUCCACGAAUGACCCUUUUUACUGGUAGUUCAAGAGUGGCUGAGAAGUUAGCCCUUGAUUUGAAGGGCCGUGUUAAAUUGGAAGAUGCUGGAUUUGACUGGAAAAUACUGGGUCCUGAUGUCCAUCAGGAAGAUUACACUGCGUGGGUGUGUGAUCAAGAUGCAUAUGCAUGCAGUGGUCAGAAAUGCUCUGCCCAAUCAUUAUUAUUUAUGCACGAGAACUGGUCUAAAACUUCCUUGCUAUCGAAGUUAAAAGAUCUUGCUGAAAGAAGAAAGUUGACAGACUUGACAAUUGGCCCAGUCCUCACAGUUACGACUGAUUCUAUGCUUGAACAUGUCAAUAAGUUGCUUGAGAUACCAGGAUCAAAGCUGCUCUUCGGAGGUCGACCUUUGGAGGAUCAUUCAAUUCCGUCUAUUUAUGGUGCUAUUAAACCAACAGCUGUUUAUGUUCCUCUUGAGGAAAUUAUGAAGGAUAACAAUUUUGAACUUGUGACAAAAGAAAUAUUCGGACCCUUCCAGAUUAUUACCGAUUACAAAAAUAGUCAACUAUCAGUUGUAUUGGAUGCUUUGGAAAGAAUGCAUAACCAUUUGACAGCUGCUGUAGUUUCGAAUGAUCCUUUAUUUGUGCAGGAAGUCAUUGGCAAGACGGUAAAUGGUACUACUUAUGCUGGUUUAAGAGCAAGGACAACCGGAGCUCCACAGAAUCAUUGGUUUGGACCCGCCGGUGAUCCUAGAGGUGCAGGAAUUGGUACUCCAGAGGCCAUAAAACUUGUAUGUCUGCUUCCUCUUAUCAACGCCUGCCAGAAUAUCCUUCGAAUUGCGCCUGUGCCUGUAUCAGAGUCUGACGCCUGCCAAAAUAUCCUUCGAAUUGCACCUAUGCCUGUAUCAGAGGUGUAUGACGAUGGUUCGUAUGAUGAUUGUUUAUACUGGGUGUAUGACGAUGGUUCGUAUGAUGAUUGUUCGUACUGGGUGUAUGACGAUUGCUCGUACUGGGUGUAUGAUGAUUGUUCAUAUUGGGUGUAUGACGAUGGUUCGUAUGACGAUUGUUCGUAUUGGGUGUAUGAAGAUGGUUCGUAUGACGAUUGUUCGUACUGGGUGUAUGACGAUUGUUCGUAUGACGAUGGUAAUCAGUACCAUGCUGGAAUCGGUACCUUUGCCCUUAUAGAUCCAUGUGUAGCUUUGACAUCAACAGUUGCUUCAGUAGCCAAUGUGCUGAAUCUUGCAAUUUCAACCAUGACUUUGUUAGAGGUAAUCAAGGAUGCUUCAAUCAAUUCAAAACCGCUUGAUUUACCUUUGGAUUACCCAAUUGUUCUGAACCCAGAUAGUAUCUUACCCAAUUUAAAGCCAAAAGACAUAGAUGAAUCUUCUUCAUCACUCAUAAAGCCCCUUAUCGGAUGGAAUGUUCCGCCAACUGUUGCUGAGAUCACUGACAUUAACAAAAAGUUCUUUACACAGCUGAAUGCUAGGUUCAUGAACACUAAUAAUUUGGAUAAGGGUGAGUUUAUUAGUAGUUUGAAGUCUUAUCUAGAAAACAUCAGGGACAAAGUAGGGGUUGUGAUUGAGGUCGAUACGUCCAGUAGUGAUUAUAACAGGAUUUUGAUUGAUAAGCUUGGAACAUUCGUGGGUAAAGAUGUUGCUGGCCUGGUAUUGAAUGGGUGUGUAUCUUUGGAGAUUUGGGACGUGAUUGAGGCUUUGAUUGUUAAUGUUACUAUUGAGCAUUCUUGCUAUUCAAACCUGAUUACCAAAUUAGUGGAAAAAAAGAGGUCUUAUUUGCUCUGUUUGUGCAUAAAGCAUGUUUGGGAUCUUGGUUCAUCAGAAAUAAUCACCAUUUUGAGGUAUUUUCUUUCUCCAUCCAAAGAUGCUUAUGACAGUAUGGUAACUGUGAAGCUGGAGUGGGAGAGCCAAGCAGUGUUAGCCAUUGAGACAGCAAGUGAUAGCAAGCUGAAGACGAAGAAAUUGGUUAUGGCAAAGGAGGCUUCCAUUUUGCUUAUGAUGGCAUAUGAUGGUUUCUCUGCGUCUGAGACUUGUUUGCAUUAUCUGAUUGCUUCAUCCAACAUCAAUGACGUGGUGCUAUCCCCUUCAUUCGGUAAGUUGAAUGGAAAAGAAUUACUAAAUUUGAUUCGCUAUUUAGCCAAAUGGUUGAAGAAAUACCAGAGGUUUCCACAAGCACGACCAUGUCCGAGAGCCUCGUCGGUUUUGAAUUUGAAGGCUUGCGAUUGGGUUCCUAAACUCGAAGAUGUUAUAAAAUAUCUUGGCUUGGUGCUUGAUGAGAAAUUUUCGUCAUUGGUGUUACAUCCAUUGUUUCACGAGGAGCUGAGAUCAAUUGAAGAAAUGGUUAGUUGUUUAACUUCUGAAGCCAAAUUUUGUAACUUAAUGGCUGAUGUAAUCGACAUACUAAAGAUCGAUCGUGAAAAUUUGUAA